GUCUGCUACCAGCUCUUUGUUGCUCAGGAAAAAUGGAAGUGACUGGACAUGUAGGACAGGACGUCACUGUCCAGUGCUCUCACAUUUUGGCACGAGGUAAUGGGAAGUACUUCUGUAAGGGACACUGUUCCAGAGAUGCUGAUGUUCUCAUUAAAACUGAAGAAGGACAAAGGAAUAAGAAGAUUGGGAGGCUCUCACUGUAUGACAAUGGAACGGGAACCUUCUGGGUGACCAUCACUGGACUGAAGAAGACGGACACUGGGACAUACUGGUGCGCAGUGAAACGGUCCAUCAUUGCAGACACUUUCACAGAGGUGUCUCUAACGGUACUCGAUGCGCCACCACCUGGCACCUCUGUGCCCAUCCAGGUUGGAGGACAAACAACAGCUCCUCACCCUGGUACACCCUCUGCUGUGCCCUCAACAGUUUCUAACUCCACAACACCCCUCUCAACCAACACUAAGCCCAGCCAAAGCACAGGUUGAGAACUAUGGAAUCCAGAUCACCCAGCCUCCUGGAGAACCUGUGGUCUUCUUCAAGCAUGACUGUCUCACCUCUGAAUCAUUUUACGAAAACUUGAAUUUCAAGAGCUCUCAAGAAGAGUCGCUUUACCAGAGUCUGAGUCCAAGCACCGUUCAAAAGGAUUCCAUCUAUCAUAUCCUCCAUUCUGCACCCUGACAAAGGGAGGAAAUUAAGAUUUUCUGCUCAAUACAGCCUUUCUACUCAAAGUGCUAAAAAACAA